CGGGAAUUCCCCUAGUCGAUGUGACUGUGUAUGACGUAGUGAGAGUGUCCCUAUAAAACGAGACAUCAAUGGGGCGGGGUGUACAGGUGUCUACAACCAGAUUGUCUUUGCCGAAGAAGCGACGACAGGCAUGACGACUCGAGUCGUAUUCGUGUUACUGUACUUGUGCGGAAUUGUCGGGUGCUGGGCCCAAGAUCCCUGCUCAAAUCCCAUGGAAGUUCCAAGUCUUGAGAAGCGAGACCGGGAUUACGUUAUAGCAACAGGCGAGAGAGCCCUCAACGACAGGCUGCUUACAGAAGGCUGGUAUGACGCUGGAGAUAAAGUUCUACUUGAGUCACCACCAGACUUCCAGCACUGCGGUACUCGUUAUCCAAUAUGGAGAAAACAAAAGAACGGCGAUACAUCCACAAUGUGCAUUCAGACUCACAACAACGACUGUUACCUACAGUUCACCAUAGAAACCAAAAUGUGUGGCACGAAGGAGAUAUUCUAUUUGAAGAAAACAAUAUCCUCAAGUGCAUAUUGUUUUGGUAAACCGGGCAUCCCUACAGCUCCAACAUUUAACGUGAGACCAAAUGUUACUCCCAAACUCCGCAACAAUCUGGCUACAAGCAAGCUUGAGUUCCGUUGUGAGUUCAGCAAACACACAGAUGACGUCUUCUACACAACCAACUGGGUCGUUAACGGAGAGCUUGUCCUCAGUGAAGAACCCUUGAAGUGGAGCGGUGGAGGUGUUAUAGAAACACAUGCUUUGACUGAGGCUAAGCUGACCAGUGUAAACAUAGCACAAUUUGGAUUCGAGUUGCGGUGUUCAGUCAGAGCUAGCGUCGGAAAAGACACGGCAGCCAGUGUUCCUGUCUUGUCAGAUUCGAAGUUUAUAGGAAUUAAGAUAUCUAAUAGAACCCUUGAGCUAUCAGAAGGAGAAUCCGCUGACAUCUCCCUGCAGUUGACGGUACCAUUUGGCUGCGGGACUGGAGCCCUUGGCUGUUAUCUCCCCAUAGAAUCAGUUCAACUUGACAUCACCGCUGAUUGUGAACAGGCUAGCUUGGCUAGUUCACGUUGUGGAACAGCUAUUUCAGCUACGGAGUGGGAUAAAGCGGCCACAAUCAGGGUAUUUGGUCAAGUUUCUCAAAACCUUGGAUCAACAAGUACUGUCUUGAAACUGAAGCUGGUGACCCCUGAUGUAUUAAUUGGCAACGAGUUUUGGGCCAACUAUACUGUCGGCGUCAUCGCGGUUCAGCUGAUAAAGAACACAGAGCCGAUAGCACGGAAGUAUUGUUACGCUAUCAAUGACCCACACAUGCGGACAUUUGAUGGAAGGCGAUACGAACAUCAAUACGAAGGUGUCUUCACCAUGUAUAAGCACGAGACCUUUCCAAUCGAGGUUCAAAUACAGACAGCAGAUUGCGGAAGAGGUCGGUACAAUGCAUGGUGUAAUUGUGGAGUUGCUAUACGAGCUGGCAGGACAGUGUUUGAGUUCAACAGGUGCGAGGGACAGUCCAGUAUCUGGACAAUAGAAUACACACUGUGUGAAGACAACGGAGGUGUACUUCAGGUCAAGAAGAAGGGCAGCAGUUAUGAGGUGUAUUUGCCGACUGGAGGAAAGGUGAAAGUUACUGUCUACGGUAUCUACCUCAACGUUUACAUCUACCCGUCAGUCCAAGACGAGAAUAACAGUCGUGGUCUGUGUGGGACACUGACUGGAAACUGCAAGGACGACUUUGUCCUCAGGAACGGCGCCUACUCCACAGAUGACACGGCAACGGGUGACUGCGACACUACAUACAGCAACUGGAAGAAUCUUCUUACUACAUUCUCGAACUCAUGGAAGGUUGAUAAAGCAAGUGACCUGUUUGAACCGGACGUUCAUGCGUCACUGCAAGCAUGGCCCCAGACAAACCUCUAUUGUUCCUGUUCCCCGGAUCCUGAAUCACAGAAUCUUGGAAUACACACUAAGGAAGUUAACUGCACUGCAGCCAUUCAUAAGGUGUGUAACACCUUCCCGGGCUUUACAGACGUGAUCCCGACUUCGUGCACAAUUACCGAAAGACGAAGGAGAAGAUCUGUAGGUGUCCGUUCGGAAUCACCAAGGAGGUUACGUCGGCAAGCUGUGAAUGAGUGGACAAACGGAUGGACAGAGGUAAAAGCCAGGACUUUCUGUGAGAACCUAUUCCAGGAAUCACGAUCAGUGCAAACGUGCAUGAACGUUACUGGCGUUGGCAUCAGCGGAAGCAUUGACAACUGUAUCCUGGACAUUCAGUUGACAGGCACCUCGGAUUUUUAUCGUUUUUCUAUCGACACGGUGAGAGACAAGUGUCUGCACGAGGUGUUGGUCGAUCCUGAACUCCAGGUGAAGAAUGGGACGAAGAACAUGUCUGUCUAUGAUAAUGUUGUGGCCGAGGCUUGUCUGAACGACUGCAGUGGCAAAGGAACAUGUACAGAUGGUGACUGUGUAUGUCAAACCAACUAUGGCGGCUCAGACUGUUCUGUUGACCUUACAACACCUCCACGGCUAUCUGAAACAGAAACUGUUGUCACGUGUGACAUGUCACGUGAUGCAUGUGACGUUUUGUCCGUGAGAGGCGAGACGUUUAUAGACAGUGUAUCAACAUGCUUGGUUGAACAGAUCAGGGCUAGAAAAUCAGGACUAGAAAGCGUUGUAUCAGCAGUUCACAUGGCAACCGUGGUCAGCAUAAGCCAUGCUCAGUGCAAAAUCGUUGCCAGUGACAGCACCGGAAGUGAGGACAUAGACUAUGUGCGUGCCUACAGGAUAUCGAUUGCCAACAGUGCCGGUAACUAUGGUGACAGUGUGGGCCUGAUUGUGUUUAACAGUACGUGUAUCCACGCUGAAGGUGGCCGGGAAUCAAAGUUCAACUGGACAGUGAAGGGUAACUACUGUCUGGACAAAGAGACCUGUGUGCCUCACGGAGACGGACAACCUGGAAACAACUGUCUGGUGUGUGACGUGUCCGGCAACAAGCGCACAUGGAAAACUGGAUCAGAGUCGAGAUGCCAGAGUGCGACUGGACAGUUUCCUCUUAUAACUGUAGCUGCAUCUGUCGGGGGAGUCGUUCUCCUCAUCAUCAUCAUCGUUGCUGCUGCAGUCUGUGCAUGCAAACGGAGUAAAAGAGCGGGGGAGAAGAACAACGCAAUGGGGAAAGAGCUCACAUAGGAAUGACCACACCAUACUGCUCUGCUGUGAAUUAUUUCACGGAAAGUAAAAAAUAUGUUUUAGCAGGAUUGGAGCAUUACACUUGAUAUCCUUUCAAUAUAUAUCUUGGAGAUAUUUUAGAAUCGGAAUAAAUUAAUCGGAAUAGUCUUUAAAUGUUAUUACAAGCAGUUCGCACCUAAAAGUAAUAAUUUUGUUUUGGACUGUCUGAAUUCAUGGUUUAUGCUUAACGACAGUGUUCACUGUUCAGUACUGAAAUCAGUGAGAUUGUAAUAUUUCUGUCAAACGUGUUUAAAGAAUAUAUAUCAUGUUUACACUGAUUUAAAGGAAGUAUAUAUCCUUCAGAGACACCGGCGUAUACCAACUUUGUAUACUUAUACAUGUAUAUAUCCCUAUUCAUAUCUGUGGAAAACGAAAAAUUGCUUAGGUCAUAUGUUCUCCAUGCACAUUGUCGGGGUAAAAAUCUUAUAUAGCAUCGUGACGUCAUUUCACACAUUUUGUAUGCAGCGAAUCUGUUUUAGGGUAGGACAUGCUGACCCUCUUCCCGAAUGUCAUAACUGAUUUUUCGUGGUCAAUACACUUCAUAUAUGAUUUUUACACCUAUUUUGCCCUUUACAUCAAAUGGAAUCUAAUUCUGAGGAACGUCCAGACUGGGGAUUCUUUUGCAAUGUCAUUUCAGACUGUAUAUAGGUCGGAAUAAAAUAUCUAUAUUUUAA